AUGUCCAAAUACAAAGUUACGAUCAAACCACAAAGUUCAUCCGAUGUAUUGGAAAAGAAGAAGGAGGUACUUUCUCUACUGGAUAAACCAGAACAAGUUGAUUCCCUGCUAGCUUUGUUAGAUGAGGUAUUUUCCAACAGCAAUGUAGAAAAGUAUUCUGCCAUCAGCAAGGAUGACUUUGCCUUCCUGCUUGAAGCUAGAUGCAAGGCUUCAUUGAUAAGGGCUGAUCAACUCUCGGAGAAGGAAGAAAAGAGGUUGGCUAUAUUGAAAGCCCUGAAUAGUGGACAAGAAUGUGUUAUUAAUCAACCAAGUUUUGCUCCUGGAUAUGUUUUGUAUGGUGAAGCUUUUGUUAGUUUUGCAAAAUUGGGUGAUCACGACAAGGUGUUUGAUGAUAAGCAGGAAAGAGAAUUAAUCAAGAAUAUUAGAGAAAUUGUAGGAGAUUGGUUUUCAAUUAUUAGAGAUACUCUUGGAAUAAUUGUUGGACUCAAUACUACAGAUUUCUCACUAUCUUCUUGA